ACCCUACCCCACCCCACCCACACGUUUCUUAUCUUCUUCUUCUUCUCUCUUCUCUGAUUUCCCAAGAACAAAAAUAAUAUCUUCUCUCUUCUCUUGUUUCCCCAAGAGCAAAAUUAAACCAAUUCUCUGCUCUACUCUCUGCCUCUCCUAGACCUCCAAAGCUCUUCCUUUUCUCUCCUCUCUACAUCUGUGAAGGAGGAUAAGACCCACAAAACUCACCUCCAUUAUUUGCAUCUUUGUGGUGGCAUUAUCAUCUUCUGAUUUGGUGCAACCAGUUAUUUCUUCCAAAUUUGAGAACCUCUGGCCAGGAAGAGAGGACGAGAAAGAGAUAUUAUGCCGGUAGUGGGCUGGGAGGGGAACCGAAUGAUUGCUAUGGUUUGUGAACCUUCGCGGCAAAGCAGAGUAAGAAGAAGAAGAAGGGUGGAAUGGUGGAGAAUGACGACAGAGGGGAUUACGGCGGUCGUAGUUGGCGUUGAUUUCAGUGAUUGAUUUCUUCCCUCCCUAAAUCUAUCUCUAUACCCGGUGCCUGUCGACCUUGUUGUGCGCCUGUGCCUGUCCUUGGAAGGCGGCUUCUUCACCGCGAUGGCCGUGGAGGAAGUUGUGGUUGCGGUGGAAGGAGGGGGAGCGGAGGAGGCAGGGGAGGGCGGCGGAUGUUGUGGGUCGAUUUAGAAGGUCGAUUUAGGGUUCUGUCAGAUGGGGUCGGUUUUAACCACUUUAUUCCUCCUCUUUUUUACAUUUUUUGGUUGUGGGUCGGUCGGCCGGUUAACCGCGGUUAACCGCCUUCGGUUACUCGGCACUCGGCUAAUCGGAGAACCCUUCAGUCUUGUCGACCACCGACCGUGACUAAUAACCGACCGGUUUUCGGUUAGUGACUAACCGGCGGUUAGCGGUUAAACCCGUCGGUUAGCCGCUAACCGGAAACCGAUCUGUCACCCCUACUUCAAAUUGUACAAUAAAGCACCAAUACUAUAUAGCAUAGUAGAAGUGCUCUCAUUGCAUACUAAAUCAUUUUCAAUUGUAGUUGUAGCAAAUUGUAUGAUUACAAAUUGCCAAUCAUGAAUGGAUUGAUACAAAUGAGGGUUUAUUUAUAAAAAAAAAUUGGUCCAAAGGGACGUUUCAAUCUAUUUUAUUGAUCAUACGAGGUUCCGAAACCGCUAAAACAUAUCAUAAUAACCAAUUCGACAAAUGUGGACUCCUCUUAAUCAAUUAUGUAAGAGAUUAUGAAUUCAGAUCAUAUCUAGUUGUUGGUUAAGAUUAAUCGUUAUUAUGAUUUAAAGUUGUAAACUACAACAAUAUCUUGUAUGCAAACCAACCUCAUGGUGUAAGUGUAACCAACUACUAACAGUAACAGUCAACGAAUUGCCCUUGAAAUAUAAUGAACUGUUUUUGUAAUGAGGAUUGAGGACACAAGAACGUAAUAGGGCUUCCUCCAAAUGAUUUGGGCCAACGGGAGGCCCAAUUGAGGUGCAAACGCAGCUGAGACUGGGAGACAGAAAUCAGAAUGCCGGAACGGCCGCCGCUCGACGGCCGUCGUUAGUUUCAGAGUUCUGAGAGUACACGACUUGAAUUCGCGGUAGCAGCGCCGCUCCCUCCAUCGGUAGCCCAACCACCCACCGUCCGUCUUCCCUUCCUUGAGAAGAAACUAGAAGCCGUUGCUAUGGAAGAAGAGACCAAAUUCAGCUCUAGUUCAUCACAGGAGAAGCCUCAGGAACUCGCGUUGUCGCUGCCCAACAACAUCGACAAGAAAGAGAAGAAGAAGCCGUUGAUGACUAUUGAAGGGUACCCAAUUGAGGGAUUGUCGAUUGCUGGCCUGGAAACCUGCAUAAUCUUCCCUUCACUUGAUUUGGCUUUCGAUAUUGGUCGGUGCCCGCAACGAGCAGUCUCUCAGAACUUCGUCUUCAUCUCCCAUGCUCACAUGGAUCACAUAGGAGGGUUGCCCAUGUAUGUUGCCACCCGUGGCUUAAACCGCAUGAAGCCUCCGACGAUCAUCGUGCCCACAUGCAUCAGAGCAACCGUUGAACAACUUUUUGAGGUGCAUCGGCAGUUAGAUGGAUCAGAGCUGCGACAUGUUCUUGUUGGUUUAGAUAUAGGGGAAGAGAUCGCCAUUAGACGGGACCUUAAAGUAAAAGCAUUUAGGACACACCAUAGAAUAAGGAGCCAGGGUUAUGUUGUUUACCAAGUAAAAGAAAAACUUAAGCAAGAGUAUCGUGGUCUAUCCAGCAAUGAAAUAAAAAGCCUAAAAUCAUCAGGUGUAAAGAUAACAGACACCACGAGUCACCCUGAAAUUGCUUUUACUGGUGACACAAUGAGUGACUUCAUCUUGGACGAGGGUAACAGUGAUGUUCUGAAAGCAAAGAUUCUCGUUAUGGAGUGCACUUUUGUUGAGGACAGGGUAACAGUGGAGCAUGCUCGAGAGUAUGGUCACACCCAUCUGUAUGAGAUAAUUAAGCAUGCGGACAAAUUUCAAAACAAGGCAAUCCUUAUGAUCCAUUUUUCAGCCCGUUACACGGUAGAGGAAAUCCAAGAAGCCAUGUCAAAACUCGAGGCACCUUUGGCUGGCCGAGUUUAUACACUCACUGAAGGUUUUUGACAAGACUGAAGGGUUUGAACAGACUGAAGGCUGAGAGGCUUCUGCAACUUUUACCUCUUCACUGGCUCAAGAGAAGGCUGUUCCAACACCAAUGAACUUUCGUAGUCAUCGUGAUUUGUACAGUUGUUCGCUGGAAGGUGUACUCUGUGUGGAACUCUUGUUCGCUGGAAGGUGUACUCUGUGGGGAUCAUAUGUCAUCUGCUCCAGAAGCAUGUUCAAUUGAAACAUUUGCCCUUGUGUUGUAUACUUGCUCCUCUGCCGGCCAAAAUAAAAUGUUAUAUUCCCCCUGUCUGGACAAUCAUUAUCUUGUUGUGGCUUAAUGCUAAUCUGGGUUUGCUCCCGCCACCUAGUUCGAUGAUAUUGCUUUCCCAAAUGUGUAGCCCGUUGGGAUGUACAUAUUUCAUGAUGAAAACUCCUUUUUCAAUGUAUUUCCCUGUUUCUCAGUGUAUGUCACAACUUUGAUUCUAGUCAGAGAAAAUAGCAAUUGAGUUGAGACUACCACAGUUGGAGAGAACAAAAUAGUAAAUGCUAUUAACAUCAAAGGGGCCUGCAACAGCAGAAAUGUGAAAAGCAAUACCUGUGGCUAUAACAACAUGAGAAGAAAGGAAACAAAGUUGAGACUACCACAGUUGGAGAGAACAAAAUAGUAAAUGCUAUUAACAUCAAAGGGGCCUGCAACAGCAGAAAUGUGAAAAGCAAUACCUGUGGCUAUAACAACAUGAGAAGAAAGGAAACAAAGUACACACAGUAUUUAUUACUCUGGGAAACCGAGGGGCCAAAGGUCAAGAAAUUGGAAAAAAAUGUGGAAAAAUAUUGAUGUCUGAGCCCAGGUUCGAACUGCGGACCUUUAGUGUGUGAGACUAACGUGAUAACCAACUACACCACCCAGACAUUUUUGUUAAUAGUUGAUACAUUUGUUUACUAGAAGUCUUUAGAGAAGUCUAGUUCAUAAAAGAAUACUUAGAGGUCGUUUGCUUGUAGGAUUGUGAUGAGAGAUUUUGCCCAAAAUCCUAUAUGGAUUGGAUUAUUGUCCAAAUCCAUGUUUGUUGAUAAAAAUGACAUUGACAUAAAUCUGUGGGGCCCACAAAUGUGGGAUUUUUGUUUACUCAAAAGUUGUGGACCCCAUGGAUUAUAAAAUCCCACCUCAUUAUGUAAGAUUUUGAGAGGUGUCAAAAUCCGUGUACCCCAUUAAUUAUGAAAUGACCUAAGUGUCCUUAACAAGAAAAAAAAACAAAAAUAAUUUAUUAAAGAUAAGAAGAAUGAUAAGAGGCUUCCCUUUCUCGGCUUCCUCAACCUCCUCUGCUGCUGCUCCCACUUUUGGGAAAUUUGGCUUCUUCUCUUGUUUUGGCUAGUGAUCAGGCAGUGGGGAGUUCUUCGUCGGCCGGACAAGUUCGUGGAAGAGCUGUAGCUUCUGCUAUGGUGGUGGAGAGCCCUAAGAACAAGAAACAGAAACUUGAUAUUAUAAGUCCUUUGCAGGAUCAGACGACUGAAGUAGUGGUGGAGGAAACAUGUGCUGACUGGUCCCACGUUAAUAAAUGAGCAUUCUUGCCUGGAAUUGUCGGGGUCUCGGCUCCCCCCUGACAAUUCCAUCCAUGUUUGGAGUUGUGUGUCGCUUCUCCCCUUUGGUCAUCUGCCUUUGUGAGACUAAGAGGGAAGAUGAGUUUGUUCAUAAAGCUCUUAGUCGUCUAGGUUAUGGUGUUGUUAGUUGUGUGUCCCAGGUAGGUGUGAGAGGAGGGAUGGUGCUUGCUUGUGCCUCUUCUGUUCAUUGUAGGGAAGUAGAUAAGCAAGUCUUCAUUAUUUUUGUGGAAUUGCAGCACUUGGUUUGGGGAAAUAUUGCUAUUUUCUUUGUUCACCUUAGUUCUCAUGUAAAUACAAGAUGUGACCAGUUUAAUGAACUUAUUCGUUUAAU